UAUGGGACUAGGUCCAUUGCUAGCUUUUAACAGGUUAUCUAUUCAUUUUUUUCUUUUUUCUUUUUUCAGAAAUGCAAAAUCUAACAACAAGGUGCAGGUUUUGCAAUGCAUCAUGUGCCAAUGUGGAAAUCCAUUUGGCCAUGAUGCAUGGCGUAACCACAAUAGUGCAGCGAGUUCGAAAUAUACUGAGGACACAUGCAACACGUCACCUAUACUCUGGCCAGCUAUCGCCUUUUUGGACUCACACUCUUGCAUUGGAAUUAUUUGGCGAGGACUCCUGGGCUACAGUUACAAGGCCAAGGGGCCAGGAGGAGGAGGUGGUGAAGAAGGAGGAGAUGGAGGAGGAUGGGGGCCAGCAGCAGCUGCAGGUGGUGAAGAAGGUGGAGGAGGUGGAGGAGGAUGGGGCCAGCAGCAGCUGCAGGUGGUGAAGGUGGAGGAGGAGGUGGAGGAGGAUGGGGCCCAGCAGCAGCUGCAGGUGGUGAAGGUGGAGGAGGUGGAGGAGGAUGGGGACCAGCAGCAGCUGCAGGUGGUGAAGGUGGAGGAGGUGGAGGAGGAUGGGGGCCAGCAGCAGCUGCAGGUGGUGAAGGUGGAGGAGGAUGGGGGCCAGCAGCAGCUGCAGGUGGUGAAGGUGGAGGAGGUGGAGGAGGAUGGGGGCCAGCAGCAGCUGCAGGUGGUGAAGAAGGAGGAGGAGGUGGAGGAGGAUGGGGGCCAGCAGCAGCUGAAGGAGGAGGGGGCGCCAAAAGCAGGGCAAGCUCCUCUCCAGUGUAGCAACUUCUCCUGCAAGAGAAAAAGAAGGACACUGGAGAGGAAGCUUGCCCUGCUUAAAGCAGAACUCAACCGAUACAAAAUAACAAAGCUGUGAAGAGGAGAGAAGCUGUGCCCCAAUAACGUGUGUGUGUGUGUGUGUGCGUUGAUGUUUGUGCGUGCGUGUGUGUUGUGCGUGUGUGUGGGUGUGUGCGUGUGUGUGUGUGUCUGUGUGUGCGUGGAUGUGUGUGUGCGUGUGUUUGUGUGCGUGGGUGUGUGUGUGCGUGUGUUUGUGUGCGUGGGUGUGUGUGUGUCUGUGUGUGCGUGGAUGUUUGUGCGUGCGUGUGGGUGUGUGUGAAUGUGUGUGUGCGUGGGUGUGUGUGUGCGUGUGUUUGUGUGCGUGGGUGUGUGUGUGUGUCUGUGUGUGCGUGGAUGUGUGUGUGCGUGUGUUUGUGUGCGUGGAUGUGUGUGUGUGUGUGUGUGUGUGCGUGGAUGUGUGUGUGCGUGUGUUUGUGUGCGUGGGUGUGUGUGUGUGUGUGUCUGUGUGUGCGUGGAUGUGUGUGUGCGUGUGUGUGUGUGCGUGGGUGUGUGUCUGUGUGUGCGUGGAUGUGUGUGUGCGUGUGUUUGUGUGCGUGGGUGUGUGUGUGCGUGUGUUUGUGUGCGUGGGUGUGUGUGUGUGUCUGUGUGUGCGUGGAUGUGUGUGUGCGUGUGUUUGUGUGCGUGGGUGUGUGUGUGUGUGUCUGUGUGUGCGUGGAUGUGUGUGUGCGUGUGUUUGUGUGCGUGGGUGUGUGUGUGUGUCUGUGUGUGCGUGGAUGUGUGUGUGCGUGUGUUUGUGUGCGUGGGUGUGUGUGUGUGUCUGUGUGUGCGUGGAUGUUUGUGCGUGCGUGCAUGUGGGUGUGUGCGUGCGCGUCAUAUAAA